CUGGUAUAAAAAGAAAAAUCUAUCAAAUCCAAAUAAUGAUGUUGCCUUUGGCGGCUUUAAAGGGGUUUUCCAUGACCUUGAACCAGGAGAGGUCUGUUUUAUGAUCUCAUUGGCUGCUCAGCUGGGUAUUUGUCACCAACACUUCCUCCUCUACCACUCACCUUAAACCUUCAGACAGCAGUGAUUGUAAAAGGGGCCAUAAACAGUCAGAAGGCGUCUGAUCUGCAACAUGGAAGGCUGGUUCUGCAUUGUUCUCAUGUGGGCAAUUCCUUUAGCCUCUUCUGUAACAAACGUCAACUCAGCAUCUUCCACCACCACGGACUGUACGGCUCCUGCAGACCUUAAUACCACUGCGGUUCGUCUCAACGCUCCUGUUCUGACUGAACCAACCUCUUCAGCGACUUCAGUCCUCCUUACUGACCCUCCUACUGCUGAGGAAAGCCAGAAACCAACUCUAGCAACACCAAGACCACCUACUGCCUGGUCUACAUCUACCACCUUAUCACCUGAGACAACUGCCUCCUCUACUACAAACCAAGGCAACCCUUUCAACAAUGAUGCUACUACUGACUACCAGACUACUACAAGUCCGGAUCAUGUCACUAAAGAAGCUACAAAUACAGCCCCCCCACCCACCCCGGCACAAACUACACCUGAGGAUUUCCCAGCAUCAAUUCCUCCAACCCCAGAAGCAACUUCUCCUUGGAAGACACCAACAACUGCUUCACCCAGUGAAACCAUCCACACCACAGGCAGUCAGACCACUGGUUUACCUUCAGCAUCAAGUCCAACUCCUGAACCAUUGAGUCCUUGGCCAACAUCUACUGCUGUGACAGUUCCUACAUCUCAGGAUCCUACAUCUACUCCACCUACUCCACCUUUUACUGGGAACCCAGACAAUGAUCCCACAACCACACCCUUCAGCCAGACCUCUGGGGUUACAGCCUUCCUGCCAACCACUGUCCAAACUACCACUAAUACUACUACUAAUAGUCCCACUACCACUAAUACUACUAAUAGUCACACUACUAAUACUACUACUAAUAGUCACAGUACUAAUACUGCUUGGCCCACAUUCUCGUCUAAUCCUCCUGCUACUACUACUGCUACUACUCCUAUACCUGAGACUGAUCCUCCAGAUGUUGCUGCUACAACUGGGGUUACAUCUAAUGUUCCUCCUGCUUCUCCUAGUCCUACUACUCCCAUUACUACUACUUCCUUUAAUACUACUACUACUACUAGUAGUCAUCUUAGUACAACUACUCCAGCUAUUAUUACUACCGUUACUACUAUUACUUCUACUACUCCCAUUACUAUUAGUAGUAUCAAUACUGCUACUACCUCUACUACAAAGGUUAUGAGUACUAGUCCUGAGACUGAUGCAACAACUACAAUAACUAAUACUACUACUCUCUGGCCCACACCUCAGACGGAUCCUACGACUGAUAAUACUAGUCCCUCUACUAAUGAUACUACUACUCUCUGGCCCUCACCUCAGACGGAUCCUACAACUGAUAAUACUAGUCCCUCUACUAAUGAUACCACUACUCUCUGGCCCUCACCUCAGACGGAUCCUACGACUGAUAAUACUAGUCCCUCUACUAAUGAUACUACUACUCUCUGGCCCACACCUCAGACGGAUCCUACGACUGAUAAUACUAGUCCCUCUACUAAUGAUACCACUACUCUCUGGCCCUCACCUCAGACGGAUCCUACGACUGAUAAUACUAGUCCCUCUACUAAUGAUACUACUACUCUCUGGCCCACACCUCAGACGGAUCCUACGACUGAUAAUACUAGUCCCUCUACUAAUGAUACUACUACUCUCUGGCCCACACCUCAGACGGAUCCUACGACUGAUAAUACUAGUCCCUCUACUAAUGAUACUACUACUCUCUGGCCCUCACCUCAGACGGAUCCUACAACUGAUAAUACUAGUCCCUCUACUAAUGAUACCACUACUCUCUGGCCCUCACCUCAGACGGAUCCUACGACUGAUGAUACUAGUCCCUCUACUAAUGAUACCACUACUCUCGGGCCCACACCUCAGACGGAUCCUACAACUGAUAAUACUAGUCCCUCUACUAAUGAUACUACUACUCUCUGGCCCACACCUCAGACGGAUCCUACGACUGAUAAUACUAGUCCCUCUACUAAUGAUACUACUACUCUCGGGCCCACACCUCAGACGGAUCCUACGACUAAUGAUACUAGUCCCUCUACUAAUGAUACUACUACUCUCUGGCCCACACCUCAGACGGAUCCUACGACUGAUAAUACUAGUCCCUCUACUAAUGAUACCACUACUCUCUGGCCCUCACCUCAGACGGAUCCUACGACUAAUGAUACUAGUCCCUCUAUUACUACUCUUUGGUCCACAGUAUCAACUAAUACGAUUAGUACUACUAAUCCAAUUACUACCUUGUCCACCAGCAUCACUACAACUGCUGCACCACUGAACUGUUCCAAUAAUGGAGUGAAAGACGGAGGUAUUUGCUUCUGUCCUGACGAAUGGACGGGAGAGACAUGCUCCCAAGCUAAUUUCUGCAAUCAGACGACUCUGCAGGGAUUGACAUUUCCAAAUACAACCGUCGGCUGGUUUGCAUCUUCCCAUGAAAACUGUCCUGAAGGAACCAGCAGAGCUGGAACACCUCAGGCUUCUACCAGAUGUUCCUUCAGGGAUGGAAGCCCACAGUUUGAUGCACCGUUAAUCAUUGACUGUCAACAGACACUCAAAGACAUCCAGGCAAACCUAUCCAGUCCAGCAGACUUGGAGUUACUGGCCUCCAGCGCUCAGCUCCUGACAUCCAGACCUGAAACUCUGAAAGCUGAAGACGUCACAGUAGCCGCUGACAUCGCCAAUAAGCUGCUGCUGUCCCCAAACGCCACUGAGUCGGUCCGAGUGGCGGCGGUCGCUACAGUGAGCCAGCUGCUCAACGCCGGGGAGCUGGAAGAGGAGAGCGACACAACCCAGGGGCUCACAGUGACUCUGGAUCAGCUCUCUCUGAACCUCAGCCGGACCUCCAACACGUCCCAGGUGGUCCAACCCAACCUGGUGGUCCAGUCGGCUCAGAUCCAGGCUUCAGACACUCAGGGAGUCCAGUUCACCACCUUGGCAGGCUUGUCUGGCAGUUUUGUAGCCAACCGGACUCAGCUGAACACCAACGUGUCAAAGGUCACUGUGGACAGCGGUUUCAUUGCCGAUGCUCUGAUUUACAUCCAGUUCCCAUCAGCAGGGGGCGCUGAACGGCGGCAAAAGGAGACCGACGUCUCUCUGGGGUUCGUCCUCUACCAGAACAGCCACUUCUUUUCAUCAAAGCUCUACAGGAGGCAGAAGGCUAGCAUCAGGGUGCUGUCUGCUAGCGUCAGGGAUCCAGAGCGCAGCAUGGUGCCACAGUCUGUGGAGAUGCAUUUCCGACUAACAUUGCCAAAAAAUAUAUCUCUGCAUGACUUCUCCUGCGUCUUCUGGGACUACAGCCUGAAGGACUGGAGCACCCAAGGCUGCUCCAAGGGAAAUGCUUCAGAAGAUGUUCUGAGAUGUUUCUGCAACCACACAACCAACUUCGCAGCUCUCUGGUGGUGGUUGGCCCUCAAUGAGGACCCAGUUUCCUGCCCAGUGCCUACGGUUCUAGAGUUCCUCCAGUCUCUGCUUGCUAAGGGUCAUUCUCCUUUGAUCCUUAAGGAUUAUGGGUCUCAGUCCUACAGAAACGACUAUGAGUAUGCAGAACCCCUGAGCGUGAUCUCCAUCGUGGGACUGUCCCUCUCCCUGCUGGGCCUGGUUGUUACCAUCAUUCACCACCUCAAAGUGAAUUUUCUAAAGAAGCCGCAGAACCAACAAACCAAUGUGAACUCCAAGAUGUCUCUGCUGUGCAUCUACCUCAGUCUGCUGGCCUUCAUCAUCACCUUCCUGUCUGGAGUCCAGAACUCCGCCCCUCAGAGCAGCAGGGAGGAGCAGAACCUCCUCCUGGACUCUGACCAGCACAUAGAGCCGGAUGCAGGCUCCUGCACGGCGGUGACGGCGCUUCUGCACCUUUUCCUUCUGGCCACGUUCUCAUGGAACAGCGUGUACGGCACCCAGCUGGUUCUGCUGGUCCGCUCCAUGCACCGCAGCCUGCCGCCGUACUGGACUCCUCUCAGCGUGGGCGUCGGAUGGGGAGUCCCAGUGGUUGUCAUGGCGAUCACACUGGCAGCCACCUACAGGAUGGACCAGCCUCUGGGAUACAGACAGGAGGAGUUCUGCUGGCUCGCUGCUCUGGAUCAGGAGAAACGCUUCAGCUUUAGGAAACCCAUGUUCUGGGCUUUCCUCCUUCCUCUGGGCCUGGUUCUGAUCUACAACACGGUGCUGUUGGUCCUCACCUCUCUGAUCACCUGCAGGGUGGACUCCAGGCUCACCAGCACCAAACGCUCCUCUCUGACCAAGAAGAUCCUGGUCAGCUUCUCUCUGUCCGUGCUGCUGGGAUUAUCCUGGACUCUGGGAUACUUUGUCCUGGUUACCGCGGGAACCGCCCGGGAGGUCUUCAGCAUCCUGUUCUGCCUCUCCACCGCCACACAGGGCCUUCAGAUCUUCAUCCUCUUCACGGCCAGGACACCCAGCUUUCAGGCCUCCGUGGUGAGAUCUGUUCGCUACAUCGCCUCAGCUGCCGUCCCUUCCAGGUCCACCAAGUACUAUCUGUGGAAGAACUGGAGACAGACCAGCACCUCAGAGACCUACAAGGACAUCACAGAAACCACGGUCUAGGACCAGGAACUCUGGUUGGAUCAGAACCAACCGGCUGAAUAUUCUGGCAGAACAAAAAGCUAGAAGACAAACAGCAGGUAGAUCCCUCAGAUCAACCACCUGAUGGUUGGGUUAAAGCAGGAUCUAAGCAGAACCCGGUCAGAACCAAAGGAACCUGAUCAAAUGGAUGGAUGAUGGAUGGAUGGAUGAUGGAUGGAUGAUGGAUAGA